AUGAAGCAACCUUCCAUGGUCAAUUCUUGUUCAAAUUCGAGAAUAUUUCGUUUUGUUUUCUUUCUCAUAUCCUUUUGUAUCUUCUUCGUGACGACGACGCAUGCCCAAGUAGUCCACCGACGGCUCUGGCCGUGGCCAUCAAGGCCUUGGCCAUUUCCAGGGUUCCAGCCACAACCGUGGCCGUUGGACCCACCACAACCUCGCCCACCACCAGGCCCAUCACCAAAGCCUGGUCCACCACCUGCCCCAUCUCCAUGCCCACCAACACCACCUAAGCCUCAGCCAAAGCCUCCACCACCCCCUGGUCCAUCUCCAUGCCCACCAACACCACCUAAGCCUCAACCAAAGCCACCACCAGCCCCUGGUCCGUCUCCAUGCCCACCGCAACCACCAAAAGCCUUCAACCAAACCACACCAGCCCCUGCUCCAUCUCCAAAGCCAGACCCAAAACCAUCACCUAAGCCACCUGGGCCAGCUCCUAAACCACCUGCCCCAUCGCCAAAACCAUCACCACCUAAGCCACCUGGCCCAUCACCACCUAAGCCAGAAAACAAAACCAUAUCGGCCGUGUUUUUCUUUGGGGAUUCGAUCUUUGACACAGGAAAUAACAACAAUCUAGAUACAAAGGUAAAGAGUAAUUAUCGUCCCUAUGGUAUGGAUUUUCCUAUGGGAGUUGCCACCGGUAGAUUCAGCAACGGAAAGGUCGCUUCCGAUUAUAUAUCCAAAUAUUUGGGAGUAAAAGAAAUUGUACCGGCAUAUUUAGACAAGAAACUACAACAAAACGAGCUACAACAAAGCGAUCUUCUAACUGGCGUGUCUUUUGCUUCGGGUGGUGCUGGCUACAAUCCUGAAACAUCUGAAGAACUGGAGGUAAUACCAAUGUUGGAUCAAUUGACAUAUUUCCAAGACUACAAAGAGAGACUGAAGAAGUUAGUAGGACAAAAGAAGACCGAUCAAAUAGUAGCCAAAGGAGUAGCCAUUGUGGUCGCAGGAGGCAAUGAUCUAAUUAAUACAUAUUUUGGAAGUGGUGCUCAACGCCUCAAAAAUGACGUCGACUCAUACACCACUAUCAUGGCUGAUUCUGCCGCCAGUUUCGUUCUGCAAUUGUAUGGAUAUGGAGCAAGACGUAUAGGAGUUAUCGGAACACCACCACUUGGAUGUACACCAUCACAAAGAGUUAAAAAGGAAAAAAAAUGUAAUGAAGAACUAAAUUAUGCUGCUCAGCUUUUCAAUUCUAAACUCCUCAUUAUUAUGGGUCAACUGUCAAGAACUCUACCAAAUUCCACACUGGUUUAUAUGGACAUCUACUCUAUCUUCAGUCAGAUCCUAGAAAGCCCAGCGGAUUAUGGGUUUGAGGAGAUAAAGAAACCAUGUUGCAAAGUCAGAUCAUUGGGAGGAGGUGUAUUUUGCAAAAAGUCAACAUCAAAAAUAUGUCCCAAUACAUCGUCUUAUGUGUUUUGGGACGGUGCCCAUCCCACUCAAAGAGCUUAUGAAACCUUAAACAAAAUACUUGUAAAAGAAUACCUACGUUUUAUCUGA